AUGAGCGGUGGAGGUAGCCGGAAGCCAGUUUUUUGCAAUAAUUGCUUCGUUCUCGAGUCGAAUUUUUAUCAACUCUUCGCUAAACUGCUUUUAUUAUUAUUCACACUCUGGGGCAAAUCAUUACAACAUCUUGUAUCUAUUGAUUUUGCGCUGUUUGAUUACCUUUCGGUAUUCAUCAUCGCUUGCGCAAUUAUCUUUCGAGCCAAUAAACUUCUUGCGUACGUUGCACUCAAUGCUGAUGAAUCGUGCGCGGCGUAA